UCCCUGUUUCUCUCUUGAAGUCUUCAAACCACUCUUGUUCGAAUCGCGUUGGCCUUCUGGUCACCCCAGCACCACCGCCUCAAAUACUACCAGCACCUCGACACCCACUCGAUUACCCUAUACGCCGUCAUCAUAACCCUCUUCCUCGCCGGUCACCCUCUACCUCACCGAUAUCACUACUCGGAUCUUGUGCUCCUCAUGCUCCGUGUUGGCCGACUUGUUAUGCAAUGCCCAGCAUACCAUUUCAUCAAGCGAUAACGUGCAAUAACGGUCUUUUCUCCCAUUGGUCCCACAGAACCUACCACCCUUUCGGUUUUUACCAAUCUACCGCGUUCCUCCAGGUUAGGAGUCUGAACCCAAUUUGGUAUGGCACUUUGGGGAUAGUCACGUUUCUAGGGUACAAGGUGUCUCUUAGGAUUUGGCUUUGUUGUAGAUCCCUAACCUCCAAUAUAAGACCAUCCUGUUUUUCCCUCUCUUUCAGUCGUGAACAGCUUCCCUGCUCACUUCAUUAAUGGCUUCAGUUCUCUCUGUCCUUUCAGACUCAUUUUCCUUGAGUGCUCACCAGCAUUCAGAAAUUUCUUCACUCUCCCCGUCAGUUUCUGGCUCGGAUACUGGCUCGGAGCAUACCCGUUCCUCGUCGUCCGCUUCUCACCGCUCCAGGCAAUACAACGAAUUCGACGUUCCCAUUUCACGAAUUUGCGUUCAGCUCGAACGAACAGCGCUUACGCCCAAGUUACUGCAAUAUCUCUAUCAUACCCAUGCUCAGGAUGGCAUUCUUACUCUCCGCCUCGGGGGCUACAUGUCACCAGAAGAUCCGUCUUGGUCGACUGGUUGUGUUGAUGGAACUAUGUAUCGGUAUUCUGAAGAUUAUAGAGCGGUUUCAUCACAAUUCGAGGCCGCAAGAAAUGACGCAGACGUUCUCCUUGCUAUCUCGAUAGCCCUCCUCCGUCCAAUCAUUUCCUAUUCAUCCUCUGAUGGCUCUUCGGUCUACAUCAUAGAAUGUCCCGCCGUGGCUUUUCCACCCCUCUCCUAUACGCCUUCCUUUGACCCAACGGUAGUCGCUGCACUCCCUAAGGACACCAUCUGCAACAUACCCACCCUCGAAGAAUGGCACAGAUUGUGGGCCAUCUGGGAUUUGGUCACCCUCCAAAUGAUUCCACAACGUAUGUUACACCAGAAACCUAUUGAUCUUCGUCACAAGUGCCUAUUCUACAUUGGACACAUUCCAACCUUCUUGGACAUGUUGCUUUCCAAAGCUAUCGGUGGACAACCUACCGAACCUAGAUAUUUUUGGAAUAUAUUCGAGCGUGGAAUCGACCCUCAUGUCGAUGAUCCUGAUCAUUGUCACAACCACUCCGAAGUCCCAGAAUGCGACGAAGACUGGCCGACGCUAACCCGCGUCCUCGAGUUCAGGAAUGGCGUGCGGGCCAGGCUGGGCUGUCUCUACGACGACCUUACGAGUGGGCGACGUGAAGUAACCCGCAAUAUCGCCAGGACACUGGUGAUGACUUACGAACAUGAAGGCUUCCAUGUCGAAACUCUUCUCUACAUGCUCAUCCAGCGUGGAGGCUCAGGAACCCUUCCUCCUCCUGGCUUCACUAUUCCCCCGUGGUCAGCACUCGCUCAACAGUUUGAUCAAACACCCCAACCAUCAACACCACAUGUCACAAUUGGGCCUGCGGAACUAAUUCUAGGACACGAUGACUCGGAAGGGGACGACCCUAAUUCUAAGGUAGUACACGAUCACGAAUACGGUUGGGACAACGAGAGUCCUCCGAGAACCGUCCAUGUCAAUGCAUUCCGAGCGGAGUGGCGACCAGUCACCAACGGCGAAUUUGAGGCGUUCUGGAGGAAAGGAGGCAUUCCUUUACCCAAAAGCUGGGUAGAAGAAGCCGGAGAAAUCAAGGUCCGAACUCUGUAUGGGCCAGUCCCCAUCUCGGUUGCGCAGCAUUGGCCCGUCCUCACGUCUUACGACGACCUAGCUGUGUAUGCACGGUCGAAAGGAGGACGUCUACCCACGGAACCAGAGCUCCGGCUCUUCCUGGACAUGUACGACGUCGGCUUUGAAGGUGGAGCUAACACUGGAUUUAGGAAUUGGCAUCCUGUUCCUGCCACCGCCGGUCUAGAGGCGAAUUCUGGCAAAGGUUCUAAUGGUGGCGUGUGGGAAUGGACAUCCACCCUCUUUGAAAUCCAUAAUGGACUUGUUCCUACCAAAUUAUUCACUGGUUAUUCCACAGACUUUUUCGAUGCCAAGCAUCAGGUUGUUCUAGGAGCUUCAUAUGCCACGAUACCUCGCCUUGGGCGUCGUACCGUCCGCAAUUUCUACCAACACAAUUACCCAUACCCUUGGGUCAGUGCAAGGGUGGUGUAUGACUUGUAA